CCCAGAUGGAUUCUCUGGUGUUUUUUGUGAAACGAACAUUAAUGAAUGUGGCUCAUCACCUUGUCUACAUGACUCAGUCUGUGAAGAUCUUAUUAACGGAUACUUCUGCAAAUGUCAAGAAGGCUGGGAAGGCUUCCAUUGUGAAGAGGACAUCAACGAAUGUGCAUCUAACCCUUGUAUACAUGGGAUCUGCAUUCAAAAUGAACCAGGCUUGGGUUACACUUGUUUCUGCCAGCCAGGAUUUGUGGGACGAAGCUGUGAGCUUAAUUACAACGAUUGCUUAAUACAGGCUUGUCCUGUUGGGUUUCUCUGUGUGGAUGGAAUGAACAAUAUCACCUGCUUACCUGUGGUCCCCGAAAGGGACCAAGUCAUCACCCAAAUGGAAGGAGUGUCUCCUACUGAACUGUUACCUGGAGGCCUCAUACCAGCCUGGCCGAGCCUCUCAACUUCCAAUGUUUAUAUUUUGCAGACUUCCCCAGAUUUUAGCUAUAUCCAGUAUGAAGGCGAUUCCUAUAUGGAAUUUGAGGGUUUUCAAUUAUUUCCCCAAAACAACAUCAGUUUAGAAUUCCAUACCACUGGCCUCCAAGGGGUUAUUUUCUACAUUGAACAGAAUCCAGCAACCAUUGGACAAACCUUUAUUCAACUUUCUGUCAAGGAUGGUAUCUUACAGUAUCAAUUUGCAUGUGGUAGUAUGGGAGAAGUUAGAACCAUCUGUACUAACAGUCGAGUGAAUGAUGGAAGGAAAUACAAGGUGCACAUUUGGCAAGACUUGGUAAUGUGUGAAGCUGAAGUGACUAUCUUGGGAGUCACUGCAAAGGCAAGUAUGCCCAGCAAGGAUUGGUCAACUUUCAGGCAGCAAGACACAGGACCAAUAUUUAUAGGUGGUUUACCGUAUCGUUACACAACAAAACAGGUGAUAGAACCUGUCUACAAUUUUACAGGCUGUAUAGAAGUCACAAAAAUCAAUAAUCUGGGACCUUUCACCUUUUCUAAUGCGGUGGACAAAAACAAUAUUGACAGCUGCAGGUUUCCUGAAUCUGAAGAUACACCAACAGCCAUCUUUGGCACAGUUCCUGAAGUGUAUGAAGUACUUCAGUCAGCUUUGCCCCCACCCACUUAUCCUGCAGUAUUGUCAGUCUGCCAGGAGAAUUUGUGCCAUAAUGGAGGGUCCUGCUAUCCGAUUGAUCUUCCUGAUGGUGCAACUUCAUUCCAGUGUGACUGUCCACUGCAUUUCACUGGGCGUUUCUGUGAAAAAGAUACAACACUUUUUUUCCCGUCAUUCAGUGAGAACUCAUAUUUAGAACUACCUUCUGUGACAUCUCUAACUGGAGCUAGAUUUGCAUCAGGACAAGAACUGAACCGAAUGAUGAUCUACUUGACAGUGAAGACAACAGCUUUAGAAGGCACUCUCCUUUAUAUGAGUGAUGAGGAUGCUGGAAAUCACUUUCUUCACCUAUACCUUGUGGAAGGAAGACCUACAGCACGUUUUGGCUGUGGUGCUUUGCUGGACGUUCUGAUGGUGACUGCCAAUUCCUCCAUUAGCAAAAAUGUCCUUGUGCCUAUCACAAUCAGCUACAGGUUGCCUUUUGGCAAUGCUGGUGCUUGCUGCAUGAUUGAAAUGACUACAAGUGAAAAUUCACCAGUACGACAGGAAGUCUUUCUGAUGCAUCAACUGACUGAGGUUACCUUUGGGUCCAUAUUCCUUGGAAAUGUCCCUGAUCACAUUAAGAUUCAUCCAAGUGCUGGGCAGAUUUAUGGCUUCAGAGGCUGCAUUCGGGAGUUCCAAGUAAACAACAAAGAAUUAUUUGUCAUAGAUGAGGCCAUGGGAGGAAGGAACAUUGAGAACUGCAAUGUCCCUGUUUGUGACUAUCAUCCAUGUCGCAAUGGAGGUAUUUGCACUAGUGAUACUGAGAACUGGUUCUGUGAAUGUGCUGCACUCUACUCUGGGAAAUUAUGCCAGUUUUCAAACUGUGAGAAGAACCCAUGUGGGAAUGGAGCCACAUGUUUUCCAAAAUCCAACCAAGACACCGUGUGCCUUUGUCCCUAUGGAAGAACUGGGAUCCUCUGCCAUGAUGCUAUUAAUAUUACUUCUCCUAGCUUCAGUGGUACAGACGCCUUUGGCUAUACUUCAUUCCUAGCUUACUCAGCUAUUCCAAAUAUCAGCCUCUACUACACAUUCCAUCUGAAAUUUCGGUUGGCAAAUGCCAAUUCAUCACUUCAAGAUAACCUGAUAUUUUUCACUGGUCAGAAGGGCCAAGGUCUCAAUGGUGACGAUUUCCUGGUGUUAGGGCUGCGCAAUGGCAGUGUGGUAUAUAGUUACAACUUGGGAUCUGGAACCGCCACUAUUAUUAGUGAACCAAUAAAUAGGACACUUCAUGUUCACAUUGUCAGUCUUGGCAAAUCUCUUCAGGCUGGAUGGCUUAAGGUGGAUGAUCAUCAAAACAAAACUGUUACAUCUCCAGGAAGAUUAGUUGGGCUCAAUGUCUUCAGUCAGUUUUACGUAGGAGGUUAUGUUGAAUACAUUCCAGAACUCCUGCCAAAUGGUUCCAAUUUUAAGAGUGGCUUUCAAGGUUGCAUUUUUGACAUUCAAGUUUGCACUGGAAGGGAUCCACAGUGUAAAGCACUGGGUAUUCCAGAAGGCCAUCCAAAUUCUGGUCGCAAUGUAGGACAGUGUGACCAAUCUCCAUGCCAACUGAUAAACUGCAGGAAUGGAGGGACAUGUGUGGAAAGUGGUUCUACUGUUUACUGCCUGUGCCAUGCUGGCUGGAAAGGGGCACUUUGCACAGAGACAAUUUCCGUAUGUGAUCCUGAACAUAACCCACCACAUAGAUGCAGGCAAGGUGCCACCUGCAUACCACUGCCUGAUGGAUACAGCUGUCACUGCCUUCUGGGAACUACCGGUGUCUACUGUGAACAAGCCCUAACCAUAAGUGAUGCAUCUUUCAAUAGCAACCGAUCUUCUUGGAUGGCAUUUGAGUCCUUUAACAUUCGGCACAAAGUUCACAUCCAGUUGCAAUUCCAGCCCCUUAUGCCAGAUGGCAUCCUCUUUUACACUGCCCAGCACCUGAAUCCACGGUCAGGUGAUUUCAUAAGUAUCUCCUUAGUAAAUGGAUACAUACAACUGCGCUACAACCUUGGAGACAGAACAGUUAUCUUACAGACUUUUCAAGACAUAUACUUCACAGGCAGUACAUGGCAUUUAAUUAAAGCAGGAAGAGUUGGUAAUGAAGGCUACCUGGACUUCAAUGGCAUCAAUAUAACCCAGAAAGCUAGCAACGGAAUGACUGCACUUGACACGCACACAGAUUUCUAUAUAGGGGGAGUGCCCUCUUUAAAUUUGGUUAAUUCGUUGGCAGUUGAGAAUGAGCCCAUUGGUUUUACUGGUUGCAUUCGAGAGGUUCUGGUCAAUAACAGAGAACUGAAACUGACAAAAACAGGGGCAAAGGGCGGUUCAAACGUAGGGGACUGCGAUGGAACUCCUUGUGGGUACAAAGUAUGUAAACAUAAUGGAAAAUGCAAAGUUGAAAACUCUGAUUUUUCUUGCUCAUGCCCAAAGAACUGGAUUGGGAAGACCUGUGAGCAAUCUAUUUAUUGUUCACAUCGAAAGUGUCUGCAUGGAGCUGUUUGUGUACCAAAUCAGAGUUUAUUCUCCUACAGUUGUGCAUGUAGACUUGGCUGGUCAGGCCGACAUUGUGAAAAACAGAUCUCAUUUUUUACAGCAAAAUUUAUGGGUAAUUCAUAUAUCAAGCACAUAGACCCCGAUUAUAAAAGAAGAGACCUCAGAUUUACAAAAGUAUCUGUCAAUUUUACCACCAGUGACAUGGAAGGUUUAGUUUUAUGGUUAGGGGAGGCUGAAAACGAAGAUAACGAUUUUCUUGCAGUUGGUCUUGCUAAUGGCACUCUAAAAGUUGUGGUUAAUCUUGGAGAAAGAAUAUCUGUUCCUCUCAUUCAUCACAGAAAAAACCUCUGUUGCAAUAAAUGGCACUAUGUCACCAUACGACAAAACAAGACUCUCAUUAAAGUGUACCUUGAUGAGGAACUUGUUGUGUUUGAAGACCUAGAUCCCCAAAGAAAAUAUGUUGCUCUAAAUUAUGGUGGCACUUGUUAUUUUGGUGGAUUUGGGCUUGAUGGGAGAGAAAACACUAUUACAUCAGGGCUUUUUAAACAGGGACUGAUUGGUAAAAUUAAAGAUGUUGUACUCUUUCAAGAUUCUAAAAAGAUUACAUUAAUUAAAGGAGAAGGCUUUAAUGUUUAUAGUGGAGAUAAGGAUUAACCAAAGGUUCUUAAGAUGUACAAAACUUCCUUUGCAGGCACAGAAGAUGUAACU